AUGACCCUGGGCGAUAUAACAUUUCAGACUUCGUCAGUCCCAACAGUAGACGCCAGCCUCUACAACCUGUCUCCCGCACAAGCUGCAUUCUUCAAGUCACAAACCGGUAUUGAUAAUGACGAAGACUUGAAAAGGCAUAUCCUGGAAGUUCAGGCGAAAGCAUACAAGAUUGCACCAUAUCCUUGUAUUCAUGGAUUUGGCUUCCUUCGAUUAAACUUAUCAAACUUUCCCGUGUAUAAACACAUCCUCAAGCUUGGUCGUGAGCGUCCUAAUGCCGUGUUACUCGACAUUGGUUGUUGCUUUGGUGUUGACGCCAGAAAGGCUGCGGCAGACGGGUUUCCCGCUAAAAACAUCAUUGCGUCGGAUAUCGUCAACGAGUUUCUUCAACUAAGUCACGAACUUUUCAAAACGACACCAGCUUCUUACCCUGGAUCCCUCAUUCCUGGAGACGUUUUCGAUCCAGAAUUUCUCUCUAUAGUUACGCCGUCGGACGACGUCUCUCCGGUGUCAGCUAUUGAUUUAUCCCCCCUGAAAUCCCUCAGCCCCCUUCAUGGUCGCGUUAGCGCAAUAAACGCUAUUGCAUUCUUCCACCUCUUCAGUGAAGAGAAACAACUGUACGCCGCCAGGGCUCUUGCGGGCCUUCUAUCGGCUCAGCCAGGCUCUGUAAUUUGCGGCUUUGACAACGGAGCUGUCGAAAAGGGUAUCAAAAUAACCAAUUUAUCAGGCAUUGAAUAUCAGGGAUUCAAUCAUUCUCCCGAGUCCUGGUCAUCUUUGUGGGAUGGAGAGGUUUUCGAGAAGGGGACUGUCAAGGUGGAAACAGAGUUGGUAGAAAUUCUGAUUUUCGAUAAGCGACACUUGAUGAUGAUGUGGUCAGUGACUAGAUUGUAGAUAGGUGUUACAAUAGGACGCAUCCGAGGUGUAGGAGACGAUCUUCGUUUCGGCCUGGUACCCUUCCGUCUGCUAGUGAACCUGAUUGUACAAGAUGACAUCAGGUGUCUCCACUAAAUUUAAAUAGCGAUCCUAACACUUGAAACCAAGUGGUGGCAUAAUUGACCAACUAAGAAUUUGCCUGAUCAAAAAAAUUUAAUCAGAAAUCACGAUUAUAUCCUCGUCGACUCCCACCCGCGUCCGUGUUGGAACAUUCUCUUUACCGUAGUCUGAGUCGUCCACAUACAUGCUAUCAU